AUGCGGGCUGUCUUACCUGGGCAAACCUAUGCCGAGCCCAAGAGUGAGAAAGCAGGCGAGGUGCCAUGUAGCACUCAGGAUACUCAGGACGGCCACACGUUGAGCUUUCUCUGCCUUGCGACGGCGAAGAGGUCGGAAGACGAGGACGAGGUGCAGACGCCGGCUUUCCGUCGCCGCGACCGCCGCCGCCUCCGAGAGCUACGGCUUGAGAAGUUCCUAAAGGCGAACGGCUUCAGGGAUGUAAACAAGCCGUGCCAGGCCGGGUGCUUCUCCUUCAAGGAAAGGCUCUGUCCCCUUCACGUUGCUGCGCAGCUCGGCGAUCACGAGACGGUUCGCGUUCUCCUGGCUGCUGGUGCCGAUGCAUCGACGAAGACCUCCAAGGGCCGGACGGCACUGGAGAUUGCAGAAGGAUUAGGCAACCGGACCACAGUUGAUGUGCUGCGCUGCAAUACCAAGGUCAUGACCGCACGUCAGUUCACCAACUUUUCCCUCAUGCUGUGA